CGAUGAGCGACAUGUCGUCGUCCUCACGCGACAUGCUGACGCAGCUCUGUAAACGAAGAGCGCUGUUGCAGCGCAUUGCCGAAGCGCCAGAUUGCAUGGUCACGUGUGAGGCAGUCGUCCAGUUGUGUGUCGCGCUGUCAUCUGGCGUUUUCCCAUGGCAGCCCCCGCGUUGGUGGAUUAAACGACGGACUGGCGGAACAUGGGAGGAUCUCGCCUCUGUGAUGACGCGACAGACGAGUACUACCACCAGAAGUUGCGCAUGUCGAUGGCCAUGUUCAAUCAGAUCGUAGCCGCGUGCGCUGCGUACCUAGAGAAGAAGGUGACGCACUAUAGGAUGUCAUUGCCAGUGGAGCAAGUGAUCGCUUUCGCGUUGUACAGGUGGGCGUCAGGAGAGACGUACGAGAGCGGCAUGUCAGCCUUCGGCAUCGGCAGGGCAACUGGACUGCAGGCCGUCCGCGACGUCACUUUGGCGCUGCUGCAGGCAUACCCCGACGCGAUCAAGUGGUCAGUUGGCCGUAGACGUGCGCAGAUUCUGCGCGCAUUCCGUGACAAGGGUUUUCCGAACUGCUUCGGCGCGAUCGACUGUACACACAUCUACAUUGACAAGCCCGUCGGCGCACCCUGCACACAACUACUACGAACGCAAACAGAAGUUCUCCAUGCAGGCGCAGGUGGUGGUGGAUUUGGAUCUGCGGAUCCUCGACGUCCACAUCGGAUACCCGGGAAAAAUGCACGACGUCUGUGUCCUGCAGGCGUGCAGAAGCUGUCGUAUGGAGGAAUCGACCAAGAUCGUGACAAGGAGUGCUUCGACACGCGGCAGAAGGUGGCGCGGGGGUUUGUGGAGAGGGCAUUCGGGCGACUGAAGUGCAGGUGGCGUUUGUUCUUGCGCACCCACAAGACGAACCUGGAGACCUUGCCACAGCAAUUCGUGGCCGUGUGCACUCUCCACAACAUCCUCCUCGAUGCGGGGAUCGACUUCGAUGAGAACCUUUUGUGGGAGGUGGAUGAGAAUGGCAUUUGGCGUAGAGUAGACGUGGGCAUUGUGGGGAACAGCGCGGGCGGGCAGCGACGGAGCACGAACGUGGACGGGGACUUGUUGCAGGAUGCACUUCGAGACCGCCUAGCUCUGAUGUAUGACCGUGCGGACGGGAGGGGGAGCGGGGGGGGGGGGGCGAGAGGACGUGGGUUGGUGCGAUUGGCAGGCGGGUGGAAUUGACACGUGGUCCGUGUCCAUUGGCGUCG